AUGAUUCAAUUCUCAUCAAAUCGUAUUGUGAGAGCCGUUAUGAACACAAUUACAAUCGUAUUCAUCGCUGUUUUAACGCAAUUAAUCAGCGCUCGGACACCACUUCCCGACCAAACGGACAAUAAAUUUCUAGAGGAUUGUGUCGAGUAUCACAAUAAAGUGCGGACACAUCACAACUCUCCCGGCAUUAAGAUAAAUGUGGAUCUUGUUAGAAAAGCUAAACAACGGCUGACUGAAUUGACAGCAUUCAAUAAAAUGGAUGGCAUGAGUCAGACAAAGAGAGAUACGUCGUUAGGCGAGAAUAUCUACCAUGGAACUGGUCUGAUGACCAGCGGCAUCUCAAACAUGUUCACACGCUAUUAA